AUGGGUUUUGUGUGCCUCGUGCAGCUUUUGGUCCUGCUCCUAAAGCUCUGCACCGUGUACGAAACUCUGUUUCCCCGCAUCUCUAAGGACAUCCAGUCUUAUAUAACAGAAGGAGGAUUGGCGCUGCAGUCAGGCAUCUGGGAAGUGUACAGACCCCCACCUGGGGUCAAGUAUGAUGGUCCGCGCUACCGGGAGUGCAUUGCAGAGCAUGCAAAGCGGGUGGAUGGCUUGCUGCCGUUGGCGGCAGUUGUGCCAGUGCUGUGGCGCUCAUGGGAAGGUGAUGACAUGGCCAGAGCUACCUUUGCCACCCUGGUGGCACUGGAGGCACUGCAGAGUGAACGAGACGAGUGGGACGCUCUGCUGCAAAUGAAUGGCCUCUCCAUGGAGAUGGUCAAAUUACUGCUUUACAAAGUUCUCCUGCAAGCGAUCAACAAUGAGUCAGCUGAGAGGGAUUUGAGCGACAAAGAGUCGGCAGAGAUACACAGGACGAUAUGCAAAUAUCAAGCAGUGGACCCAACAUCACCGUGGGUCACGGAGUACUUUGCUGUGUUAUUGCGCGAAUUCAUACCAAGGCGAGCAAUGCAGGCCAAGGAAUACAAGGCGCAGCUGGACAGCUGGGGUGAGUUCCGGUGCAAGCAGACAGGAGGCUGGAUGCCUUUAGAGCAGCACCGCAUGGCCUUCAAGGAGGAUUGCUGGUGCAGCCUGGGAGUGGCAGCUUGGUAUCAGGCAACCAUCAGGCUUGACCCUGCCUUUGGGGACUCAGAGCUCCCAGCCUUCACGGACGGGGAACUUCAACAGGAGUGCAUGCAUGUCAGGUGUCACAUGUGCAAGGAGCUUAACGACAACCUGCGCUGGUGCAACGGAUGCCAGCAGGCCAAGUAUUGCUCCAAGGCCUGCCAGAAGAAGCACUGGAAUAGCGGGCACAAGUUUCAGUGCAGUGCUGCAAGCUCAAAAGGGACUCAGGGCGUGUGA